UCCGGGUGCCCCGAACAAGCCCCAGAUUCCUCGAUUGUUUCCCAGGUGCCCCCACCCCACUGCCAUCUCGCAGUAACGCUGGCUCUGGCUCCCGCGCAGGCGCCCCCCGCAUCCCACCCAGAGGCCCCUCGCCCGAAGGCCCCGCCCUCUCGGCCGGAGGCCCCGCCUCCAGCGGACUUCGGGGCGUGUCGUGCGGGGCAGGCUCCGCCCAGGCCCGCCCAGGUCCCCGCGGGGCAGGCGCGCUGCUCCUCCCCUUCCUGGCCGGCGGUCUCCCGCGGCGUCCCGGACAUGCUGCCGGACUUCCUGUCGGCCGAGGCCGAGCGGCGCUGCCGGCGGUUGCUGGCGGAGGCCACGGCCCGGCUCCGCGCGCGGCCCGCGUCGGCCGCGGUGCUCGUGCCGCUGUGCUCCGUGCGCGGGGUCCCGGCGCUGCUCUACACGCUGCGGUCCCGCCGCCUGGCCGGGAGCCACACGGGGGAAGUCAGUUUCCCAGGCGGCAAGUGCGAGGCGGCUGACCGGGAUGUGGUGCACACAGCCCUGCGGGAGACCCAGGAGGAGCUGGGCCUGGCCGUGCCUGAGGAGCAGGUGUGGGGCACGCUGAGGCCUGUGUAUGACAGGCAAAAGGCCACCGUGGUGCCAGUGCUUGCUGGUGUGGGCCCACUGGAUCUCCGGAGCCUCAGGCCCAACCCUGAGGAGGUGGAUGAGGUGUUUGUGCUGCCCAUGGCCCACCUGCUGCAGACGCAGAAUCAGGGCUAUACUCACUUCUGCCGCGGCGGCCACUUCAGCUACACACUCCCUGUCUUCCUGCACGGACCACACCGGGUCUGGGGGCUCACGGCCGUCAUCACUGAGCUUACCCUGCAGCUGCUGGCGCCUGGCUCCUACCAGCCCCGCCUGUCCAUCCCUGAGCUGCGCAGGGGCUGAGGGCUGCCCCAUAGCCACCCAGCCUCUGCCUUCACCCUGCCAGGCGGGCUCCACUCCAAGCUGAAUAAAGGGCCUGCUCUCACGUUCACGGCAGCAUCACUCACAGCGGCCAAGAGAUGGAAGCCGGCUAAGUGCCCAGCAUAGGACGAAUGGAUAAAGAAAAUGUGCUGGACAUACACAGCGGAGUACUAUGCAGCCUUUAAAAAGGAGAUUCUGUCAUUUGUGACAACCUGGAUAAACAUGGAAGACAUGCUGAGUGAAAUAAACCAG